CGUGUAAUUAACAUACGCUUGUCAAUAACUAUAUCUACAGAAACAACCAAACGUUUGUUUAUGUGACGAAAGUUUAAUCCCUUUGCUACCUAAUAAACAUGGAUCAAAGUGGGAAGGGUGUCCGGAAUGCAUUAGACGCAAGCGCAUGCACCCCGAUCUAUUUCCGGGCGCGGGCGUCGGCCGUGUACGUGUAUAGGCGCCGUUCAUUUUAAACCAAAACAUGCGCGAGUUCGGCCGCGGGGGCUCACUCGUAGCUGCCACCAUAGCGGCGUUACACAAUCGGACUGCGAUCGAAGAAAAGCCUCGACCGGUUAAUUCGCGCCCGAUCUCCGUAGAGAGCAGAAAUGUUGUGCGAUCUGUGACUAAAGAAAACUUAUACCACGAUUUUUCACGGCGCGCAUCCGGCGGAAGCGAACGCCCCUUGUCCACCGCGUCGGAGGCCUCGGAACGCGAUUCAGCUUCCGUUCAGUCCAGUGAGGAGCCGCCCCCACACGAGAGCGGCGAUUCGGAUAGCCCUGAUGAAGCAACAGUGAAAUGUACUGUUUGGACCGACGGUGCCGUUCCGGUACGGGCGAAUUCAUCCGACUCCGACUCGAGCUCAUCAAGCGAGGAUGAAUCCGAUGAGAAAGAGUAUGAAAUCCGAGGAGGUGAUGCUGACUACCGAACAUUAACACCAAAUAGUCGGCUGGAUAACUCGACCCGUAGAGACGAUGGCUUUAAAUGGCUGCCAACCGGAGAACUCGUAGAUGACACAUCAAAUCUAAUGGACUCGAGGACUGAGGAGUAUUCUGCAGCUAGUUUAGACAGGCGAAGGCGUACGCACGCUGACCGUAAUGAUCGCGAUCGUAAAUCCAGGUCAUCGCUGUCAGGAAAGCCACCGCAGCAUCCAUCUGGUAGCGUCCGUGCUUCGCCACGACCACGACGACCCCGGAACGAAGAAACUCCACCCGAGCUGCAGAGGCGAUGGAAUUCAUAUGAACAUUUCCGAUGGCCCGAAAGCGGAUGGUGGCCUCCAAUGUGCUGGUGUCAUGGGCCUCCAGCACCACCACCAUGCUGUAUGCACGAGCGAGCUUGGCCCUCACACCCUUCAUUGCCUCCAGUACCUGCACGACCUUAUAAGAACGAUGCAGAAGACCGGGUGCGGCGGCUUGAAGCCGAUAAAGAGAACCUACAGCUGCAGGUUCAGGUGUUAUCGGAACAGAUCGCAGCUCAGAGUGACAAGAUGGGAGAUCUCGAAAGAUCGUUGCAUGAAACCCGCCAAAGGUUGGACGAUGCUGAACAGAGGCUACAGAAGGAAAUGUUACAACGUUCCUCUCUAGAAACUCAAAAACUGGAGCUCUUGUCCAAAUUGAGUGAGGUCCGUCUCCGCGUUGCUGAGCGAGGAUUCCUCGAACGAUCACCUCCGCCUGAUGGUACACCCAUGCCGCUUGUUAGACCAGCGCCACCCAGGACACCACCAGCGAACUACGGGCGCCAAAUCGAGCGCAACACACACAUGUACUCAUCGCUGCCGCGUUCAUCCGUGGUGACGUCAGAGGCGCGCGUCGCGUUCGGUAAACAGAACAACAUGGUGGUGGCGCGCGGACACGGACGCUCUGUGCCGAACCUAGCGGAGAAGGAGGAGGUAGAUCGUGGCAGCCCUUCGCCGUCGCUACGUGAGAUGCGCGCGCGCCUCGGUUCUGCUCGUCUCGAGGGCGAUGACCUCGCGCGCCGCUCGAUGCGCGGCGCCGGCGCGGGAGGGGGAGGGACUCCCCGCACGGCCGCUUCGCUCCUCCCUGUCCGCCCUGCACCAUGGCAAACCAUAGACGUCCGCGAAUGGGACUGCGAAACUACGUGCGGAUGGUUGGAGAGUAUAGGAUUAGAAGUGUACGUGGCGGCCGCUCGCGCUUGGCUGAGCGCUUCACCGUCUGCGCGCGGUUUACUCGCUGCCGCCUCGCAUCACACCAUUGAGAAGGAACUGGCCAUAAAACAUCCUAUGCAUAAGAAAAAAAUUGUUCUCGCCCUUAUAGAUUUAAUGGGCGGCGACAGCGACCCGCUGCUGGCGGCGGCCGGGCGGCUGGACACGGCGUGGGCGCUGCGCUGGCUGGAGGACGUGGGCGUGUGCGGCGCGCGCGCGGCGGCGGCCGACGCGGCGCUGGACGGCCGCCUGCUGCACCGCCUCGCGCACGCCGACCUGCACGCGCACCUGCGUGUUACGCAUGCGCUGCACGCGCUCGCCGUGCGCCGCGGAAUCCAAGUACUACGAGACAAUAAGUUUAACCCAGACACCAUGAUCCGUCGGGCAGCGGAAGGCGAGACAGGGAUCGGUGGCGGUGGAGGCGGGAUAGGCGUUGGCGGCGGUGCCGGUGUAGAGGGUGGCGGGGAGAGCUCGGACGGGGGCGGGACGGGGGUGGCGGGGACGGAGCUGGCGCGCUGGUCGUCGCACCGCGUCAUGCAGUGGCUCAAAGAGAUUGACCUCGCGGAGUACGCGCCCAACCUUCGAGGAGCUGGUGUUCAUGGUGGUCUAAUGUUAUUGGAGCCACGUUUUACAGCCGAACUAUUAGCAGCGUUGCUGAAUAUCCCUGCCAGCAAAACACUCUUGCGGCGACAUCUCACUCAGCGGUUCAACGAGUUACUGGGUAGAGAUGUAAUACAACAGAAAAGAAAUGCUGAACAAACACUCGGCUAUCAACCUCUCACCGCAACCACCAAAUAUAAGGUACCAAAGAAGAGUCAGUUCUCGCUGAAACGCAAAAAAAGCAAGGACGAGAUGGACAUGGGGGAGCUGGUGUGUCCGCUGCACGACGACGGCUCAGGUGACAUGCCCACCUCGCCAACGAUGAGAGUAAAAUCAGCAACAGCGGGCGUCGCGUCGGCUGUCUCUCCCCCGCGUGACGACGCGCGAGCUCAUUAGCUCACCUGCACACUAGUGCACUAGUUCACUAGAUUCUAGUUCAAUAGUGAACUAGUUCACUAGCCUGCCAGCGCACUAGUGCACACGGCUAGUGUCUAUAGUGUCCUAGCGACACAAUGCUUGCCUUGGAUUAUUUGGAAUUCCUAUCCAUUUUUCAUGUUCGAGAAAAAACAAUCGUACGAUUAGAUUAUUUAACUAUGAUGUCUCGAUUAAUUAAUUAAUUAAUUCAAACGAAGAUUUAGGAAAUCUAUAAGUGAAUCUAUAAUCGAUUUUAAUUUGCGUGUAUUGGUGCUAGAUUUACAAUACAGUUUGGCGAUACUACGUAUUUUGAUGGCUAAUGGAGCCCUUUAAACAAAUGUCCAAGGUAUAUUAAGUAUUGUUAUAUUAAGUAUUUAACAACAUAUAAUAAAAAUCUAACUGCCAAAUCGUGAGUUCUAUCAGUCUAGUUGAUAAUUUAUAAAGUUUAAAGAAUUAGAUUUUAUUUAUGAAAAAUAUUUAAUAGUAAGUAAAAUGUAUGAUAAUACUGAAGGUUAAAUUGUAAUAACUUUCUAUUUAUUGAUGAAUGAAUAGUGGAAAUAUGAUGUGGUUAAAAAAGCAAUAGACAUUCCAUUGUUUUGUAUCAAUAUCAAAGUUCCAAAUCCAUUUGUUAUAUCUUUAAAAAUAUAACAUUAGAUUUCAAGUAUUGCAUUAUAAUUCAGACCACAUUAAUCCAUAGUAUAAAUGGUUUGUUAAAAGUUUUGAAAUUGUACUUAUGUGUUUUAUAUGUAUCUUAUAUUUAUAUGUAGCUUUAUAGGACAUGACUGAGAGAUGACAAUACUAUCCUGGUCUCAUUUCCAUUUAAUACAAAUAAUUUCCCGUAAAUUUUAAGAGUUAUAUCGAUGUAGUUUAUAUGGAGAACAACUUACGUUGUUAUUGAAUUUUCCUGUUAGUGUUUGAGGCGUGUAUUAAUGAAGUUUAUUAGUUUAAGAAUGUUCCAUACCAGAAACAAUGAACUGUCCUAUUGUAUUAAGCAAAAUCAUUAGAACUAUCAGUAUUUAUGCAAACGUUUUUUUUUUUUUUUUUGUUUCAUUUAUUUAUACUAGACAAGGCAUUGGCAAUCGUGGUAUUUUAUAUUUUACAAAUUUAACGCAAUGCCGCGUGAAAUUGACUUUUCAACCGACUUCAAAAAGAAGGAGGCUCUUAAUUCGAUUGUAUUUUUUCUUUAAAAUUUUAUUACUUUAUGAUUCUGUCAGUCGUAAAUCGAUUUGGAAAAUUUUCAUCUGAAAGGAUAGGAAAUACAGAGAAUUCAUCCAUAGACAUUUUAUCAAAAUUGUUUCAGUAGUUUAGUUCUUAAAUCAAAGUAACUAAUUUUGCCACAA